CUUGGAUUCAGUGGCACUGGUAGAGACAACCCCGUUACCGGCCACCGCUAACCCGGGUAACUACGACCCUCGAUCCUACUGAAGCUCAACAGCUCAUGGUGAAGAUUUAUUAGAGGACAUCGCGUCUUUAUCGCUUCUCCCUAGUUAAAGAGGACAUUUGGCAAAAGCGAACUUUUAUUCAAGAAAACAUAUUUACACUGGAUGGCCAAGUAAGAAGAUGCUUUGUGUGUCUAAAGAGCGCAACAUCUACUACACCAAAGCAUAUACCAGCGUCAGUGAAAGCUUGGCACAUACAGGAGUACCUGCGAUGACGAAGCCCGCAAGAAGCUCCACGCGGUAAGAAGUGGAAGAGUGAUACUGAGAGCAGACAGAAGUGCGUGGAGGCCAAAGAACAAACACCAGUGAGUCCUCAAAUGAUGGGGAUAAAGCACCUUCUGCUUCUUUUGAUUUACUUAGACCCGCUGAAUGUGCUGUGCACCGCCACCAACAACAAAAGAAACAAAACCCCGACAAAUAGGAAGCCAAAGGUGAAGGACCUGAACGGCAGCACCACCGCGGUCCCGCUGGCCGCGGUCGUCCCGGGGAAGAUUACACAGGUCCAGGCUCCUACGGUGCAGCACGACACCUGCCUGGGCUACUACGACGUGAGCGGGCAGUACGACAAAGAGUUCAGCUGCAACAACACCGACCAUCGCUUCUGUUGCGGCAGCUGCUUCCUGCGCUUCUGCUGCGCGGACCGGGGGAAGCGGCUGGAGCAGAAGUCCUGCACCAAUUACAACACUCCAGGCUGGAUCAAAACCCAGCCCCCCUCCCCGGCGCCAACAGGUGAUACCUACGACCCGCAGCUAGACCAGACCAACACCACGGUGUACAUCACCUGCGGGGUCGUAGCGCUCAUCAUUGCGAUUGGGAUUUCUGCUAAAGUUGCCUAUGAUAAAGCCACCAAGCCCCCUCAGGAAAUGAACGUGCACAGAGCCCUGGCAGACAUUCUGAGGCAACAAGGACCAGUUCCAAUAUCUCAGUAUGAACACGAGAACAUUGCAGCGAUGGAUGGGUCACCUAAAGACGAGACGCCGGUCAGAACCUCGAAGAAUCACUACACACCUGUUCACGCCAAGGCAUCGAACCAUGGACACUAUGGGAAAGAAAAUCUACGCAGCGGAGGCCAAGACAUGCACAACUUCAUCUCCUCUGGGUUUGUGACACUGGGACGUGGCCACUUGAAAGCGCAGCACUCCAUAGACGAAUCAGGGCAGAUGUCCUGGCAGGGCGAUCUGGACAUCCCCCUCUCCUACGGAAACCAUCACCAUGACUACCAGCACAGCCACCUGGAUCUGACUGCGCUCACACCUAAACUGGCCCACAGACAAAUGCGAUACGAGAGACCACAGCGGAUGAACAACAUCCUGACCUCGGCCACCGAGCCCUACGACCUGUCCCUGUCCAGAUCGUUCCAGAACCUCAGCCAUCUGCCGCCCUCCUACGAGUUGGCCCUCAAGUCUGACUUAAGUGAUAAGGAUGUAGACGAGUACUACACGAGGAAGCAUCAUCAUCCUGACUUUGGCGGCCGGGGACCAACCCACAUGGUGAAGCUAAACUCAGAACCCCAGCAGCAUCAACAGCACCAGCAGCACCAACAGCACCAACAGCACCAACAGCACCAACAGCACCAACAACACCAACAGCACCAACAGCGGCAGCGUCCCCGCCGAGUCCAGAGGGCCAUGUCCCAGGAUCAUGUCCUGUCCCCUCCCAGGACGCCACGUCGCGGGGACUAUGGCUUAUCUUCCUAUGGCGUCAUGGCAGCCGCAGCAUACAGCAGCAGCCGGCACCUCUCAGAGGAGCAGCUUCUGUCAGCAGACCGCCUCCAAUCCCAGGAUCCUUUGCUGUCCCCCGCUAUGAGGCGCGACAAGUUCCGGGAGAAGGCGAUGGCGCGUGCGAUGUCUCAAGCCGACAUGCUGAUGCCCGUCACGCCCACCAUGGACCGCCACAAGAUGACCAAGAUGCACUCCCAACCCAGUGCCUCUAACGACUCCUACAACACGCUGACGGUCAACCACCAAGCGCCAACGUCUAAAAGGCAGGCGUUUGCCUCCCGACGAACACACACCGUGGACCACCUACAGUACAUUCCCGGCCACCACCACACAUACCGCACUGCCAGCAAGAACGAGGUAACUGUUUAACCGCAGAGUGGAGGGAUUCCUGAGUCGUCAACAGAAAUCUUCAAAAUCAGCAAAUCUCUUGUGCAGAGGUGUUCUUUCUUCUUUCUAAAACAACCUCCUACAUUAAAAUGACUCUUCCUGCUUUUAGCACAAGCUUCCUGUGUCAUCCAGAAUCAACCCCAGCAAAGACAUCUCUCUCUCUUAGAGCAUCAUAAGGGCUUUGCGUGUUGACACAAAGAGGGAUCCUUCAAGUCAGACGUUUGACGGCCUGAAGAAAAUAUUUUUUAAACUGGACAUGGGACUGGAUAGGAAUUGUAUCAACUUUAUAAAUAUAUGAAUAUACUAUAUUUACUAUUUGUAUUUUCAGUCCUUGUUAUAGCUUUAGAGAUUCUAAUUGACUGAUGUAAGCACUUCAAGUGGUGCCUCUUGAACUCGUCCCAUUUCAGUGAAGAAGUGGAUUUGUGGGUUAAAAAGCACAAUUACUGAAUUCCCUUUUUUGUUUGAUUUAAUUUACUCUUCUUGUUUGGUAAAUGGCCAGGACAUAUCAGCUUAAUAGUUAAAACAGAGGCUAUUUCUGUUGCUUACAAUAGAAGAUUGUAAAUAGGCUAUAUUAGCAGCAUUAGAACAAUAAAAGCUGGCCCUUUGACGUAAUUGUUUUGUUUUGUUUUGUUUUCUCCCACCUGGAAUCUUUCUUAGAUUCCCAAUUAAUACUUUUAAUUUUAGAUAAGGCAAAGAUCCCAAAUGAAUAUUAUUUCCACAGAUGUCUGCAAAAUAUGUGGAUGUAAUAUGUAUAUGGGAAGUAUUUUUUCUUUAUACUGUGCUUGUAGCAUAGAAUGAUUGCGUAUGAAACAACCUUUUACCACCGUCGACUGGCAGCUUAAGUCUGCAGGUGGAAAUGGAGCUUGAUGGUUGUUUGACCUAGCUUAAUUUCUGUUCACACGUCUUUUGUCAUUUAAGAAGAUGAUGCUCCACUGCCCUUUCUGCUCGGUUUGUGAUUGGCCAGCUGCUUCCAUCUCUACAUAUCAGGUACUCGUUGUGUCGGAGCGCAUAGGUUGAGCCGUAGUUUUACGUCGAUGUGUUGAUUGAAACAAUCAGUACUAAUAAGAACAUCAUAAUCAAGCAUUACUUAAAACUGUGACCUGUUUGUCCAGAUGUAUUCAUUAAAGCAAUGCCUUAUUGUAUGGAAUCCCAUGUGCUCUUAAUUGAACAAUCAUGCUUUUGUCAAAUGUCACGUGUUUGUGCAAUAUUAUUGAUUAUAGUUUACCAGCAGAACCAGCAGUAAAAAAUCUGUUCAGUGAUAGAAGAUACGGUAUACCUAAAAAAACAUUCAAAUGAAAGAGUCCUAAACUUUAAAAUUAAAACAAAAAAUAUAUACUAGAGGGUAUUUCUAUUUGAAAUCUGUCACAAUAUGUCUAAACUAAUUUAGCUUUACUGGAGGUAUGUCUGCUGUUUUGUCAGAUGAAUUACAAAUAAGAGGUCUUCAUGGGUUCACUUUGUUCUCGAGUUCAAGACAAACUGGGACCACAGUUGGACUGGGUUUUAAAUGUGAUCUUAACCAUACUUGUCAUUAAUUAUAUUGAUUUCAGUUGCUUUUGGCAAAGGUGGUCUGCAUUUUUAUCGUUACGCAGUAGGUUUGUGCAUGGUUAACGUUGUGGUGAUGUUGUGUUUGUGAGCGACCUGAUUCUUUUCAUUGGCUCUUUUGUAGAAAAGAAGGGAACUGACCCUUUACUUGAGAACUGUUUUCAACUUCUUUUUUUUUUACCGUAAUUUCCCAAAUGAUUUGCCCGCCCUAGAUAUGCAGCUUGUAUCUUUUUUUCUAACAAUACGAAUAAUUUAAAAUUACAGUCAGUUAGAGCCUGGUAUUUCUCGUACAGGUGCUAAAAGAUUCAUUGUGUUCAACGGCAUCAAAAUCCAGAGGGAGUGCAUGGGUCCUGGAGUUAUACUCCGUAAAAUCAGGUCGGGGAAAGGUUUCGGUUAUCAGGGGAUCCUAAUGGAUUACCUAACAUCUGUUAUUCAACAAUGGUUCAUAAUCAUUGAAGGCCCGUGUAGACCAUUAACUAUAAAAUUAUGGAAAAUACAAAAAUGAACACAGUUAUUUUCCCCGGCUACGGGGCGAUAAUUGUCUACUUCUCUUGGUUCUUAAUUCAGAUUUAAGUCCCAAAACCAAAUGAUAAAAUUGUAAGUGUCAUGUAAAGACAGUUGAAAUACUUAAUAAAUCUAUUUCAGUCAGACAACUUUCGUGUUUCAUUGAUAUGUUUAUUAGAAACAGUAUAUAGUUUGAGUUUGGCGUCUAGGCUCGGGCCUCAUCACUCCACAUAUUAACAUACAACAUUGAGUGAUGAUACGAUAACUAACCGCCUACAGGUGGAAGCUGGGGUGGCGAGCAUCGCCAGCGUGAACGCAGCAGCAGCAGCAGCGAGGUGAACACAUUAGCAGCCUGGAAACAGCAGCAGCAGUAGCAGCAGCAGCAUUAGCGAGGCAGAGGUAGGCGGAUCCAACAGCUUAAAUAGAGCGUCAGAUUAGGAGACUAUGUUUGUUUGGUUGCAAGAGUGACGAGGGGCGUUAUGAGCAAAUACAUCAUUGGUGCUCGAGUUGACUGCCUGAACUAGCUUGCAGGCUUCGCCCCAUUUUUAGAAGGUUCAUGUCCAUUUCCAAUAAUUUCAGGUUGGACUCAUGAAGAUCUCUACUGUAAAGUCCAAUAGCAUUGACAUUAUGUUUAUUUAUUUUCAAACAUUUUGAUUGGUCCAAAAUAUUCCACUGUAGGAAAAGCUAUAUAUUUCCUGCUCUGUUCAAUCCUAGAAUUGCAAGAAGUAUGACAUUUGUGAGUAUCUCAUAGAGAUAACAUUAAAUCAAACUUUACCUUUUUGUGAGAGCAAACAUCAAAUUCAUUACUUUUUCUAUGAUCAGAUAUUUCAGUUGUACUUUAUUGUAUAUAACGACUUGAAUACAAUGUUAUCUGUGAUUGGAAUUGUAUUUUUCAAAUGGCAGAAACUCAACGUUUCAUAAAUCCAUUGUUUUGUUUGAAUGCUCAUGUCCUGUUUCAGAUUUUUUUGGAAUGGCUGUCUUUAUGAUGUUCUUUUUUUUAACAUGCACCUUGUAGGGAUGUAGAAAGUUGUCCAAAUUCAUUCAAAGACAUUUCCUUAACUUAUUCUAAAUGUAAUAAGCUACUUUUCGAGUUAUGCCAAUAUGAUGUCAAUUCGAGACUGUCUUUUUUUUUUUUUUUUUAAAGGUUUGUCUUUGUACAUAUUAUAUGAUUUUCUUAUGUCCUUUUCUCGGAGAGUGCUUACAGGUUAUGAAGUAUAUUGAUAGUUAUUGGUGUGGGGGGAGAUUAUUAAUUGUUCUGUAGACAGCUUCAGACAGAUAUCUGUACACUUCCACCUUGCUCAACUAACCUUCACUAACUUCUGUUCACUUAAUUAAUAAUGAUGUCAUCCCAAGAGCCUUUUUAUCUAUGUGCAAUAUUUCCUAUUCAUGCAGCAUAACUCUAUAGCCACUUUUACAAUGUUGUGAGGUUCAUUUGCCAUAAAGGCUUUGUGUCCGUUUCAUUUAGGGCUGUUGUCUUUCAUAGUCAAAGAGGCGUUUUUUUAUUAUACAGCUCAAUGUGGUAUGAAUGAAAAAAUAUUUCAGUGUAAUUGCACAAA